UUCAGUUAUUGCUUCCUAUUAUGUUAAUAAUAUGACGUUAUUUAGGAAAAAUUCAUUCUGAUAUCUAUACACGAUGUAAUAAAAACUUGGAUUUAUCUUGUAUUUACAUAAAAUUACAUUUGAGAAAUACCGAGAAAGCGCGAUAGAUAACAGAACAUCAAAAAAUAAAAUUAUUGUCUGCUCAAUCAUUUGUUCGCGUAUCACGACAAAAACAAUCAUCAAAAUCUAAUAACUGAAAUAUUUACAUGCUGAUGACGUUGUCUGAAUAGGUAGUAAGGCUAUGAAAGAAUUUAGACAAAAAAUUAAACCGCCUUUAAAAACUACUUACAACCAAAUAAUAAUUUAAUAUAACAAAAUAUAAUAUAAUAAAAUAUAACAGGUAAUUUACGAGUUACCAAUUUUGGAGUUGGUGAAUAAUCAAAAUGAAACAUUUUAUUUAUAAAUUUGUUCAUUUACUUAACUAGCUUACCUAUCAUUUUUAAUUAAUCACCGACUAAAAACAGUAGUUCUUAAGCUAAUUUAUAAUGUGCAUCAUAUAUUAUUUAAUCGAGACCAAAACAUUACUUUACCUUCCUAUAUAAAUAACCCGGUAAUGUUAAACUACGUCCGUGAUGUUAAAAUUGUGAAAGGAACUUUGAAUUAAAAAAGGAAUUUAAAAAAAAAAUAUUUACAUUCAAGGAAAACACGAAACAGCUUACAAUGGUCUCAAUUUUGCUAUAUAAAUCAAAUUAUUAUCAAUGUUCAUCAUUCUACGUACAGUCGGGUGUACGACAUGAAGGCGGUUGUGAUAUCAUUCUUUUUGCUGGCCCUCUAUGGCGCCGUCAGAGAAUCUGAGGCCAGUGAGGCCUGGAAUGGACUCCUCAAUCCUCGAGUGUACUUUACCUUUCCCGUCUUCAAAUACAGUGACCAGUGCGCUUACAAUGGACGCGAUGUUACCUUGGACUACCGUCGAGCGAUCUACGACUUCGCCACGAAUUUUUUUAAGCCAGUCGCGGCGUCCAGCCACCUGCAUACCGUCAACUCUCCUUUCUCUAUAUGGUUAAUGCUUGCCGCAAUGGCUGAAGGUACUGAAGGACCAGCGCAACAAGAACUGUUCAAAGUAUUGAAUCUGCCCGACGAUAAGUGUCAACGUCAAGAGUUCUACGAGCUCGCCUCGAAAACCGAAGUCAACAGCCCUGAUGCUACUUUGUUAAGGACACAAAUUUUCGCUUACGACGAAACCCUUAAACUAAACGAAAUUUGGAAGAAUUAUAUUUACACCAACUGCCUCAUGAACACUUUACCUGUCCCGAUGAAACGCGACCCCCUGGCUGCCGAAGCAGUCAUGAGGAAUCUCAUCUCUACUCGUAUCCCCAUCACAGACUUCAAGGGUAACUCUGCUCUUUUGGACUCAUUGGACUACCAGGCACUGUGGACUACUGCUUUCUCUGACAUUGUCGAAAAAGCACCGUUCUACAAUGACAUUGGCCAACAAAUCGGAACCAUCGACUUGAUGAAGACGAAGAAGCGCGUGCGUAUGAUGUACCUGCCUUACCUCAAGAUGAAGGUACUGGAGUUGCCGGUCGGCUACAAUGGCCGUUACCGUAUGAUGUUAGGAUUAGCUAUGGGAUCUACAAAGGAAUCUCUUGAAGCUAUGAAGAACACUAUCGUGUUUGAAGUUCUCGACGGUCUCCAGACUAGCCGAAUACCUAUCGACAUUGCUAUUCCUCGCUUCACAAUGACCUCUGAAUACGACGCCCGACCCUUCUUGGAAGGUUUGGGAGUGCGCAGCAUGUGGACUGACUCAAACGCCACCAGGAACAUAUCCGACCCGGCCGCCAAUCCCAGCUCGAUGGUCCAGCGAGUGACGAUCACGUUUGACCGUGCUGGCGUGCACCCCAAUACUGAGGAGUUGCCCAGCUUCCUAUCUGGCACCAACUCCUGCGACUCCGAGACCGGCCUGGACCCCAUCCUGGGCCGCGAAUUCAUUGCCAACAAACCCUUCUUCUUCGCAUUAUUGGACACCGACACGUACAUGGUCAUGAUAACCUCUGUGUUCAGUCGUCCUACCACCAACUUUGUCUUCAAGAAGUAAUGUGAUUACUAUAUAAAUAUGAAUAAAGAUUAGUUUCACUGAUUUCUGACAAAUGCAUUCUAUCAGAUAAAACAACUAUAUACAUUAAUGUUAAUUCUUUUGCCAACUGGCACUAGGUCAUUGUGUUGGAAUAAGACCUAAAGCCCUUCAGAAGUAGAGGAGGCUGGUGCCCAGUAAUGGGGUAGUAUAUAUGUAUAUGUAUACAAGGAUGAUGUUAUUAUUCUCUUAUUGUGUGAAAUUAAAGUCUGAAUUUAUUAGCUCACCUAUAACACCAACUUUAAUAACAGUGUAUCUGAAAGUUAAUGUUUAUCAGGGUUCCAGAAACAGCAUUUAGCAUUAAUUUUUUUUUUAGCUUUAACAGGCAAGUUCCUUAAAAAUGUACCGAGAUUGUCCUCUGUGUUCCUUGUUGAUAAUUUAUUUCUACUGUGUAUUUUCGUACAAGGUUAGCGGUUACAUUUACAAAAUCAAUGGAUUUAUAUAUUUUUGUUAAUACACAACAAUUAAUACGUUUUAA